AUGGCACCCUCCGCGCGGCCAGAUGGCCAUCUCAACCUUGGCUACCUCCCUACGGGCCAGCCACGUUCUGGGACAUCGACUGGAAGCUCUUCCCCAAGCGAACUACAGACAAACUCGAUGAAAUCGGCAUUUGGAGCAGCGAAUGGCCUAGUUACUGCGGGUGGAUCAAUCGGAAGUGCGAGAAGGACGGCUGGUUCCCCUUCCCACGAACUCAGCGCGCGGAUUUAUUCGAAACGCCCUGCAAGGCGGACACGAGCAGAUACGGUCCCUUCGCGGUUCUCUCCAGUUGGACCUCUCAAUGGUGUUAAUGUCCAGCCAUCCAUCAUCUCCAAAACCUCAAGGCCAACCCCAUCCACCAGCCCAUUUCGUCCACCCGGGCUAGAGACUCCAAGAACCUCAGCGCCAGGAAGUGGAGCACUCCUAUCUCGACUCCGCGCAGGGUCAAUGCCGCAACGCACUAAUAUCCUUGGAGGUGCCAGCCCUUUUGGCCCCUCUGUCUUCUCGACCAACUGGACAUCCAGCCGCGACCGCGCCUCGACUCUGACUAGCAUCCGAUCUUCAGAAGGGCCCACAUCCCCUACGCAAUCCUCUUUCUCGAGAGACGGCCUAGCGGACGCUGACGUGAAGACUUUGGACUACCUUGGCCUCGCAGAAACCCCACAGCAGUCGAGAGCGACCCUGGCCCGUCCGCCCUCAGAUAUGAUGAUGCAGCAACCACAACAGCAACAGCAACCCUCCUCUUUGCCUCCACUACUUGAACUAAGGAUUCUGAAUAGAGGCGCAAACAGAUUCCGUUCAUAUUCGGUCAAUGCAAAGGAAAAGUACGCCGAGGAUGAAGAAGAAUUUGGCGCCCAUUAUUCGAGCAUACCAUCCGGGACCAUCACGCCAUCUGCAGCAGCUACUGCAGCUCAAUUGGCCGCGACCCAGGCGCAAAUCCAUCAGCAUAAUCUCGCAGUCCAAGCGUUUGCUAGCCAAGCAUCUGCAAGUAGGCCCCGAGCUCGUACUGCGGGCGUGCUGGACACUCCACCUCAACGCUCCGCACUCCGCAACUACUUAGCCACACCUUCGAGGCUGGAUAAUGGCCUUAGCGCUGCCGAUAUACGAAUUGCAGAAGCAGGCGAAUUUGACGAAUUGCAGGAAUCCGUUCAACUAAUGCAAUUGGGAGGCCUUGGAGCAUUACGACCAGGCCAAGAAGGAGCUGAUGAGAACAACCUCGAAGGACCAACUCGGGCAUUAUGGAUUGGGAGCAUCCCUGUUUCGACCACCGUCACAUCGUUGGAUGCAAUUUUCAGCAUGUACGGCAAAAUCGAGUCGACUAGAGUUUUAACCCAUAAAAACUGUGGGUUUGUGAACUUCGAGCGCGUGGAGAGCGCAAUUCAAGCCAAAUCACUUUUAAAUGGGAAAGAAAUCUUCCCUGGCGCUGGGCCCGUCCGUAUUGGCUAUGCCAAAGUUCCUGUGACGCCAACGUCUGAAACUCCUGGCCAAAGCGAUCUCCAGUCAUCUCCCACUCCCGACCCUCAUGCUUCUACUCAGCCAGGCGACGGCCCCGGUGGUUCUGGAAAGGAAGAUGGACGUCCAGAUUCUCCGAAGAUACCGGAGCUCCCCAAAUUAUUACCAGAAAUGACUCAAAUUGUUGCCGAAUUCGGUGCUACAGAAGCUGAAUGCUGUAAUAUCAGCCAGAGCAUCCAACGGGCGAUCGAGUUCCAGGCGUUUAACGAUGAAAUCUCCGCGACUCCUGAGCCAAACCAAACACGAACUUUCGAUGCCCCGAAACUUAGAGACAUCCGCAAGCGGAUUGACAACGGGGCUUGCAGCGUCCAAGAGAUCGAGGAAACAGCGAAAAGUAUGCUUCCUGAAGUUGCAGAAUUAUCUUCAGAUUAUCUGGGCAACACCGUUGUGCAGAAAUUAUUUGAAUUUUGCUCUGAAGCUACAAAAGAAGAGCUGCUCGUUCCCAUUGCCCCUUACCUUGCAGAGAUUGGCGUACACAAGAACGGCACUUGGGCUGCUCAGAAGAUCAUAGACGUAGCAAAGACACAUACGCAGAAGCAAAUGAUCGUGGAAUGCCUGCGACCGUACACGGUUCCACUUUUCCUUGAUCAAUAUGGCAACUAUGUUCUGCAGUGCUGCCUUCGCUUUGGAUCCCCCUAUAACGAUUUCAUUUUUGAAACGAUGCUUAGUCGGAUGUGGGAAAUUGCCCAAGGGAGAUUCGGUGCUAGAGCGAUGAGGGCCUGCCUGGAGAGCCACCAUUCGACAAAAGACCAACAGCGAAUGCUCGCAUCAGCUAUUGCACUCCACAGCGUCCAGUUGGCAACUAAUGCAAACGGAGCAUUGUUAUUGACAUGGUUUCUUGAUACCUGUACUUUCCCCCAUCGUCGGACCGUUCUCGCUCCUCGCCUUGUUCCCCAUCUGGUGCAUCUUUGCACCCACAAAGUGGCUUAUCUGACAGUCUUGAAAAUUGUUAACCAGAGAAAUGAACCGGAAGCUAGGGAGAUUAUUCUUAAAGCACUAUUUUUCAGCCCAGGUGAUGAAAUAUUGGAAAACAUUCUGAAAGACCAGGUGUCCGGUGCGACACUGAUCUUCAAAGUUCUUACGACACCGUUCUUCGAGGAAACUAUGCGUGCUGAGGUGGUGAAAACCGUAGCAAAGGUUCUUAUCAAACUAAAAACCUCACCAAGCCAAGGAUACAAACGCCUCAUGGAUGAAGUUGGGCUUUCAUCACGGAAUGGCUCUUCGCGAGACUCCCACCAUGCCAGAGAUCAUGCGAGUGGACAUCAUGAAAAGAACCAAGGACGGCAACCCCCAAGGCAACCCGCAGCGAAUUCCCAACACCCGCACGAUAGACAAUACAACGGACAGUUUUCAGCUAACAUGCCUCCUCAAUCCUACAACUCUCCUGCUGCCAUGACUCGAUCACUUUCACAAGAACAAGGCCUUCUCCCAUAUGACCCGUAUUUACUUGGUGGAAUAAAUGCUCAAGGUGGGCUUGGCCAAUUCAACACUAUGAAUAAUGGCGGCUUCGGUCCGGAUCCUGUCAACCCGCUGAACCCCCAGUUUCAGUAUCAAGCCUUUCUAGCAGCUCAAUCCCGUGGGAUGUCUCCACAAGGCGGAUUCUAUCCGACAAUGCCGACGAAUGCUUUCAACGGUUAUGCAACUAAUGCUGCAACGAUGGACACCUUCCGUAACAUGCAAAAUCAUUCAUCUCCGAUUCCUGGUCCACCAGCUCAACUCGCCACAAACCCUAUGAUCCAACCACCAGCGUUUGCGGCCGCUCCCCAAUUUAGCCCAAUUGCUACUCCAGUUAUGGGCGCUGGGCAGCUGUAUGGUUAUCCACAGCCAUUUUACCAACAAGGACAGGCUUCGCACGGUUCUGUGCCAGGAGGACGCCGUGCACGCAGAUAA